AUGCCGACGCAGUGGGCCCUGAUUGCUUGGCCCUCCGUCAGACAGCCGUCUUCAAGCGGAACAGCUAGUGCACAGACCAUCAUUAACCAGCCAGAGCUUCUCGACUUUAAGCCCAAAGACCAGAGGCUGGCGUUGAGCUCCUACCUCCUCUGUGCCCUGGAGGAGAUCUGGAUGAGAGAUGACAUGGGUCCCCACAGCGGGAACGCAAGCUUGGACAGGAACGGCAACAACCUCAUCCCGAGAAUAGAAGCAGAAUCGCCACCCCCUGAGCUUAUGGAGCUUGUCCCUGACAGCCUCUAUCUGGGCUUCCCAGAUGUCUGGUUUGAUGAUCUCACAUGGCUGAAGCCACCAUCUCCACAUCUCUGCCUCACUCUGCCUCACUCUGCCUCACUCUGCCUCACUCUGCCUCACUCUGCCUCACUCUGCAUCACUCUGCCUCACUCUCUCUCCCUCUCGCUCUCUCCAUCAGGCCCUCGAAACAGUCACCAAUCAGAGUGCUUCUCUGCGGCCGUCGACACGCGGAGCAUCAAGUUCAAGACCACCAUAAUCUCCGGAUAUCCCGAGCAAACCAACUCGGCCGUCAACCGUUCCCAUCGAGCAGAUCAUGCUGCCACAGGCUUCAUAGCAGGGGAAGAGAACGCUUGCCUCUUUGGGUUCUUCUGCACAUCUACCCAACCCAUAGAUUGGUUCACCGCUGCAGCACCUCAGCUGUAUGGAAGCUUGAUGGAAAACAUCUCUUACUUUUGUCGAUCAACCACGAAGCUCACGAUCAUGGGGAACAUUCUCCACACACUUGCCAUGCCCUUACCAUACCCUUACCAUGCUCUUAUCGGCGACUUCAUCAUCACAACCUCCAGGCCCCAUGCCAUUAGCAUGCCAAUAUCACGAGCGAGAUUGGUUGAUCUUGCUAGACGGCAUGCGAAUAAACAGCCAGAAUUUGUCGACUCUCGUAUCUCGAGAUGGCAAGGCUGGCGCCAUGUUUAUGGCUGA